AUGCCUUAUUUAAAGAAAUUUCUUUUUUAUUAUGCUGAUGAUAUUAAUGAUGAUUUUCAAAUAACACCUUGUCAUAAAUUAAUCAAUCAUUUCAUCUCACCAUUUUGGAUUAACAAAAAUUGGAUUAUUAGAAUUAUAAUAGAUAACAAUAAAAUAAUCUAUUUAAUUCGUCCAGAAAGUGAAUUUUGUUAUAAUUUUCAAGAUUUCAAAAAUCAUACCAGUUCUUCAAAUUAUACUCAUCCAGGUGUUCGUGUUCAUAUUAAAAAAAGUCAGCAUACACCAGGAAAUCAAAUAUUUAUUAAUAAAAUUAAUUCUUUAUUUUCAUUGAUGGAUAUUACUAGUCUUGUUAUAAAUUGUCAUCAAAUGUCUGCUAAUAUAUUUAUUAAAGUUUUAAUUUCAUUGCCGCAUCUUGAUAUGAUUAGAAUAAUAUCAUCACUAGAACCAGAAUUAUUAAUGUCGCAUACUAUGGGUUAUUUAAUUUCAAUCUGA